CCUCGCCUCGAUUGCGACGGCCCCGCAUAAUCAAUCAAAAUGCCGGAUUAACAGCUUUGUCUUCUUCUAUAAGAUCAUUAUAUUCUCUCCGAAAGUUGGACGAUUGACCUUGCAAUCAGAUCCCGAGACCAGUCCUCUACAAAGAAGCCUAACCAUUUUACUCCCAGCAAUAUGCCAUACUCUCUCAAAGGCCGCAAUGUCUUGGUGACAGGAGGAUCUAGAGGUCUCGGGGCGCUGAUCUGUGAGAAGUUCGCAGCAGAAGGAUCCAACAUUGUGGUAAACUAUGUCAGCAGCAAAGACAGAGCCGAUCAGGUCGCCGAGAAGUGUAAGGGAUUUGGGGUCAAGGCUGUUGUAAUUCAGGCCGACAUUGGAGCCGUCGGUGACACCGUUCGCCUGGUGAAAGAGAGUGCUCAGCAACUGGGAGGACUCGACAUCAUCAUCAACAAUGCUGGCUGGACGAGGUUCACCAACUUUGGCGACAUCAAUGAUAUGAGCCAUGAUGAAUGGAACAAGUGUUGGGCCACCAACGUCAUGUCCCACCUGGUCUUGUUGCAGGAAGCUGCCCCAAUCUUCAACAAGAACCCGGAUGGCGGUGCUUUCAUCAUCUCCUCGUCUGUUGCGGGAAUAAGCUGUUCGGGCAGUAGCAUGGGCUAUUCGGUUACCAAAGCCGCAGGUCUCCAUUUGAUGAAAUGCCUUGCCACCACACAAGGCCCAAAGAUCCGCAUUAAUGCCGUCCUUCCGGGUCUUCUUCUAACGGAAUGGGGCCUAAGGUACAGCGAUGAGCGCAUCAAGGCUGUUAAGAACGCCGCUGCCCUCAAACAAGAGACUCUGCUCGACGAUUGCGCAGACGCCUAUAUCUCCCUUGCGAAGAACACGUCCAUCACCGGCCAGGAGAUUGUCGUUGAUUCUGGUCUUGUCAUUCGAUAGACCGCUAGGGUUAAGUGCGGAUGGUGUUGCCAUGGAUCUCGACAAAGGGUGGCUCAGGUAGUCCGGAUAUAGGGUGGGAGAAGCGAUAUAACUUAAACCGGCCAAACACUUCAGGCUCUGAGAAGAAUUUUGCGCGGGCGGCCGCUCCUGCACCUGGGCCUUUUGCCCGAGACGAGACAGUGAUUAGCGGAAUGACAACUUGGCGACCCUCAUGAUACUUGUCUAAUCGCGCGUUGAUGAUUAGAGGUUUCGAGCUCUCAUUGACAUUUUCGUGUGUCG